CCCGUCCGUCCCAACCCAUCCCAUCCCCGAACCCAACCUAUCCCGGAACCCAGCCCGUUCCCGAUCCUGAUCCUCAGGGACCGCCAGACCCCAAUGCUAACAGGUGACCCCCCCCUCCCCCCGCUAGGAGCGCUGUACUAAGGCAGGUGUUCUGCUUCAGGGGCUGCAGGGUGUUGCAGCGAUGGUGGACGAGUGCCGCCUGCAAUUGCCCGCUUUCGUCUCUCGCCUGGGUCUGCCGGGCGCCCCGACCGCCGUGCCCCUGGCGUCGCCCCUGGCCCCUCCGCCCCCCCUGGUUGCGCCGGCGCUCGACGGAGUAGGCGGAGGUGGCCUAGGGGGAGGAGGAGGAGGAGGAGAGCGAGGAGGCGGAGGCACAGGAGCAGGCGUGGGCCCCGAGGUGGGGGAGGACGCGUGCGCACGGCGCCACGUGUGCGGCGUGUGCGGGCGCGGCUUCCGGCUGGCCAACGACCUGCGGCGCCACCUGCGCAUCCACACGGGCGAGAAGCCCUUCUGCUGCCCGCACUGCCCCUACCGCGCGUCGCAGAAGCAGUCGGUCAACCGCCACGUGCGCACGGUGCACGCCGACCUCAUGCUGCUCGAGGUGUCCGCGCUGGCCGCAGCCGCCGCCGCAGCCGCCUCCGCGCCCCCCCGCGGCGCCGCCCACCACUCGCUCGUCGGCCGCGGCGAGGGCGGGCGGCGGCGCCCAUCCGCGCUGAGCGUCGCCCGCACGCAGCCAAGGGCCGGGGCGCGGGCGGGGCGAGGCGCCCGCGAUUUGUGGCUGUGUUGUAGGUGGUGUUAGUAGUGCUGCUGCUGUUGUCAUAUGGUGAUCAUUACUAUUAUUAUUAUUAUUAUUAUUAUUAUUAUUAUUAUUAUUAUAUUAUUAUUAUUAUUAUUAUUAUUAUUA